UUCACACUUGCAGUUAAACAACGAAUAAAUGUUUAAAUUUUUACUAUGGUUACCCCAUUUACGCAAAUUCUUGCAAGGAAGUUGAGAUAAUUAAAGAAAAGGAUUUUUUUCAUUUACACUCAUCUUUUAGGAAAUAUAUUUGGGAGCUUGAGCGGUGUGGGGGAAUUUUUAUGUCAGCUAGACACUGUGCCACAUGUUUUUCUGAGAUAGAAGCCUAAAUACGAAAAUUGUCUGUUUUAGUAGCGUAAUUGGUCGCGUGUCUGCGGAGCAUUUUUUAACACCCUGGUGUAAUCUAUAUUGUUUUAGAUAAAAGAUUUCAACACGUUUUAGAAACAACUGAAAAAAAAUUUAUUCAUUUUAUGACAUUGAUACAAGAUAAAUCUUCCUCUUCAAGAAGAGACAGAAAACAGGAGUUUUUGACUUCCGCCACCCAGCAUAAUUCAUGUAUUCAAAGAAUGAAAACACAAUACUUUAUCAAUAAAUAACCAAUAUAUGUUUAACUAGGUUAAUCAAUAGAUAUUUAUAAAAAUAUGAUGAGAACAAUAAGAAUAAUGUUCUGCAUUCUACAUACUGAGGAGCUAACCAUAAAACCAGUAUACUUCAUUAAUACGUAAACGAAAUCAGACGAAAUGAAAUAAAUUGUUGUUUGCGAGCAUUAAGAUUUAUGAUGGAAAUGAUGAGAAGAAUUUUUAUUUCGCGAAAGAAUAUUUUUUUCGCUGUUGUUUUUCUGUGUGUUUUUUUUUUUUUUGUUUUGUCGUCUUUUUUAAAGCCAUUUUCUUGCAUUCUCUUCCCUAACCCCCACUUCACUUUCAAUCUUUGGAAAGUUUUCAAAUCAAGACAUUUUUAAUCCCCGCACUAUUAAUAUUUUGGUUUUUACCACCCAGGACAUUUUCAGAUUGUGACCCCUACUAUUACUGGAGGCCUGAGAGUAGAUGAACAAAAACUCUCUUUUUGUCAUUGCUUGGUGCCUUAGUUAUAUUGUGAAGACAAUAGGACGUAGCAAUGUCGAACCUAAAAUGUUUAACAAGAAUAGGGUUAAAUUUGUGCAUCUGAAAGGAGUCAAUACCAAAAAUUAAAGUCUCAAGGAGUUUUUCCAUUUAUUUUGUCACAAGAUCAAAGGUUAAUAUGAGGCUCGUAGCCUACGAUUGGCCAUUUAAGGUGUGGCACAAAGCUAGUCUACAACACUUACAUGACAGGAAGAUCUUGAGGCCCAUAUAGUCUAUAUUUUUGUGUUUUUCUAAGCUGUCUGUAACUAAUUCAUUUAGCCAAUGUUACAGUUGAUCAUUUUUCGUAGAUUUCACUACACUUUUGAUGAAACUGGGAACAUCUACAAUCAGGAGGAUCGAAAUUUUUAUUGGGCUAUUUUUGGCAAAUUAAGAAUGACUCAUAACAUCAGAUUUCGAUGGUUAAAAGCAUCAUUCGGACGCAAGAAAGUUGGGUUUUUCAUCAUUUCAAUUCAAGUGGUAUUGUUGUUGUAUUACGGACAGUAUUUAUCCAAAUGGAAACAGCAUAUUAAUUCAAUGAAGACACCGGUAUUAUUAUUCUUAAUGGGUGAUGAAAUUGUAAAAGAAAUUUCUUUUAUACAAAAUAAUUAUUAUUUGGCUAGCUUAAAUAUCAAACCGAAAGGAAAGAAGAAAGAUGUAACAUUAUUACUUAUUGUAUCAACCGGGCCAAGAAGAUACGACAGAAGAGCCACUAUACGUAAAACAUGGUGGCAGCAAUGCAAACCUACAGGAAAGGUGGUACCAGAAUGUAUAUUUAUAACAGAUGAACGCUCAAAAGGUCAAGAAUUUUAUGACAUCAUGAAAAAUGAAUCCGACACAUACCAUGACAUGCAUUUUCAAAACUUAUCUGGUGGUGUAGAGUUUGGUAAACGAUUUCUAUAUCAUAUGGUGUACGCAGUAACAAAUUAUAACUUCGAUUAUUUUCUAAGAAUGGAUGACGAUUACUUCUUCUGUAUGGAAAAGUUUCUUCACGAAAUCCCAGUCCCAAUGGAGAAAUAUUUUCACUGGGGAUGGAUACAUGAUAAUCCUGGUAUAACACGCCCAGAAGAAAGCAUGAUUUUACUUUCAAGGGAUGUUAUAGAAUUAUUUUUAUCACAAGACCCUAACAAAAUGUUGUGUCAUCCUUUUGCAGAUCAGAUGAUAGCUGCAUGGUCGAACCAUAUAAACAUGACGUAUUUAUUUAGGCAUGAUUCCAGAUUACAUCAUCAUCCUCCGGUGCGUGAUUUACCAAACAUUAAGUAUAGUAGGAAUAUUUGCGCUAGAUUUAUUGGUGUUCAUGGUGCUUAUCCACAAGAAAUGGAAAUUCUUUGGAAUAAUAGUGGCUCACAAAAAACUCAGAAUAAUUUGAAAAUAAACACGCAAAGUAUUAUUAUAACUAACCCAUUUAAUUGGCAAAUGUUUAAUCUUAUUUGGCGAUUCGAGCCUAAGAUGUGCCGCUCAAAUCCUACUUGGGAUACAUCAAAACAUUUUGUUGUACGUAAUGGUACAUAUUCUGGAAGACAAGACGAACACAAACAAUCUUAUACUCAAUCUGCCUCGAACGUUUCACAUCUUGAAAUACACCACAAAGAUAAGCAACCUAGUACUCAAGGUCCCUUCAGUGCUUCGUAUUCUAACAGACAAUACAAACAUAAACAACGUCGUACUGGCGAACCUUUAGGUGGUUCAUAUUCUGGAAGACAAGAUGAGUAUAAGCAACCUAGCACUCAAGGUUCCUUUGGUGCUUCGUAUUCUAACAGACAAUACAAACAUAAGCAACUUCGUACUGGCGAACCUUUAGGUGGUUCAUAUUCUGGAAGACAAGAUGAGUAUAAGCAACCUAGUACUCAAGGUCCCUUCAGUGCUUCGUAUUCUAACAGACAAUACAAAUAUAAACAACUUCGUACUGGCGAACCUUUAGGUGGUUCAUAUUCUGGAAGACAAGAUGAGUAUAAGCAACCUAGUACUCAAGGUCCCUUCAGUGCUUCGUAUUCUAACAGACAAUACAAACAUAAAAAAACUCGUACUGUUGAACCUUUAGGUGGUUCAUAUUCUAGAAGAAAACAUAACCAAAAGGAACCUAGUACCCAAGGUCCUUUUGGUGCUUCGUAUUCUAAGAGACAACACAAACAUAAACAACAUCGUACUGGUGAACCUUCAAGUGGUUCAUAUUCUGGAAGACUAGAUGAACAUAGGCAACCUAGUACUCAAGGUCCCUUCGGUGCUUCGUAUUCUAACAGACAAGACGCACAUAAAGAACUUCGUACUGAAGGACCUUGGGGUGGUUCAAAUUCUGGAGAAACAGAUGAGCAUAGGCAACCUAGUACUCAAGGUCCCCUUGGUGCUUCGUAUUAUAAUAGAAAACACAAACAUAAACAACCUCGUACUGAAGGACUUUCACGUGUUUCAUAUUCUGGAAGAAAAGAUGAAUAUAAGAUGAACAUAAGGCUUUAUGAUCCGUAUCCUGAGAGAUAUGAUAAAUAUAAAGAACCUCGUACCCAAGGUACCUUAGAAGUGGUUCGUAUUCUAGAAAGACAUGAUGAUUAUAAGUAACCUCGUACCCAGGAUCCAUAGGUGACUGCAUUCCAAAAGACACAACGAACAUAAAUAUGACUUGCACUGAGGGUCCUUAUGGUGGUUCAAAUUCUGAAAGACUGGAGGAUCUUAAAUAACGUUGCAACCAACAUUACAUUGUCAUUGUGUGUUGUGAGACUUUUAUGAUGCGCUUAGUACAUUGCAUUGUUGCUUACUUCUUGAAAGACUCUCCGUUCCACUGAGGUUACUAGGUUAGCUGUAAGAACAAGAAGUGUCAUGGGAUAGAUGUGAUGCAUGAGAGUCCCUAAGCAAUUUGCUUUACUUUUGAUGUAAUUUAAGGGCUAGUCCCUUAGCAACUGGAUUGCUUAAUAAAAAUGUGCAGCUAGCACCUAAUAAGACAUUAAAUGAAAACCAAAAUGUCUUAAAAAUCGGAAUACAAACGUUGGAUAUUUUUAGUUUUUGUUAUUUAAAAUUAUUACAUAAAAGGUGAAUUUGUUAUAAUUUUAUGUUUUUAUAAACAGUAGAAAAUAAACUCAGUAAAGUGUUUUUUAA